AUGACGGUUGUUGCUCGCCUCUGUCAAAGUCAUCGUCGUUGUCAUCAUCGUCAUCCUCAUCAUCGUUAUCGUCGUGCUCGUCGCAGUAUAUUAGUCCAAGCACGAGAUAUAGUUGUUAGUAGUAGAUAGUCGUCGUCGUGUCGCCGCUUUUGUACUGCUGCUAUAUACCGAUGCAACCGUUGUGUGUGUGCAUGCGGACAAACUGACGCACUAACACAGGCGCGCGCGAGCAUCGUGGAGUGGUGUGUCCCUUCGAUAUAGGCGAAAUUCGUUUGAUACACAAAGGGAAUAUACGCGAUUCCACCCUUCCCCACGAGUGUGUCGUGCAGUGAUAAUGAUAACAACGGCAGCAACGUAACGCAUCGAGAUUAUAUUCAGCAGCAUCGGACGCAGAGGCGCUUUUUCCCCGUCAGUUUUUGAUUCUCCACAUCGACACGAUUCUGCUACAUACAUCUGUCUGUCUGUCUGUCUCUCUCUCUACAUCGCGAGUUCAAGAGCCAGACCAAAACAGAGAAGCGAAAAAAAUACACAUAUAUAUGUAUAACGUCAACAAACCGAGCAGUGCAGAGCGAAGAGCACAAUAAGAUACAGAUAUAUAAUCGACAACAACAACAACAACAACAACGACAAAAAAUUAAGGCAGGCGAAACUAGUGGCGUGUGUGGUGGGCCAGUCGCAUGUACACGGAUAAUCCACACACACUCACGCGCACGCAUGCAAUAUAAUCUGCCUUCGAUUCGAGUCGUGCUGUUCCCCGUGAUUAAUAUAAUACAGUGUCUCGAGUCUCGAGUUUAUAUUAUACGCUGCUGCACAUUAUAGCGUAUUAAAUAGCGAGAUAGAGAGAGCGAGCGAGUUCAGCGGAGAAUAAAAUUUUAAACAAAAAAGAGGAAAGAUCAUUUUUGUGCUGCUGUUCCUUGUGCCACGACGAUGAUGAUCCGCGAGCUAAUCAACGCGUAGUGCUCUGUGUAUAUGUGUGAUAUCUCCAUUCGUUUUAUAAUAAUAUAAGAUAAAACUCGUGUGUAAGUGUGUGUGCAGUGUGUACCCGCGUGUGUGCAAAUCGUCGAAAGCGCGUGUAUACAGUGUGUCUCGUCGUUGUUGUUUGUUUUCGUCGUCGUCGUUGUUGUUGCCUCUGUGUACAUAUAUACGGAUCACCGAGAGCCAUUCUCGCAUCGAUAAAGAGAUACACACGAUAGAGGAGCACGACACGACGACGUGCGGGGCGAACGAAGGAUCACGACAAAAGAAAAACACAUCGUCGAGUCUUCUUCGAGGCCGCGCGACAAAGGAGAGAUAUCCAUGCUCUUCAUCUUCCGCACUGUCCGCGUAACAAUGCCGUCUGAAUAAUAUAAAUAAAGAAAACAAGUGAAUCCGAUGCCCGGGAGCAGCCGUGUCCGAUAAUUUUUCAAAGGCCCGGCUACUCUUUUUUCCAUUUGUAACGAGAUUUCUUUUUGUUUUUAAAUACGCCUUACACAUAUUUUUAAUUAAUCGCGCGUGAAAAAGUAAGGGCUGAAAAAUCUUCCUCUCGUUUCUUAUUACAUAAAUACUCGUCAAAGCCAAAAGAGCCAACGACACAAAAAAACAAAGGGUGCGGGGGUUUGGACAAAAAAUCGGUAAUGGGGAUGGAUUGACAAAGUCGAAGAAGUGCGCGUGUGAGAGAGAGAGAGAGUAAUAUGGCUUUCAUGAUGAAGAAGAAGAAGUACAAAUUCUCCGUCGAGGUGGGACUGGAGGAGCUGAGCGCCGUGUCGUUCGUCAGCGCCGUGCUGUUCGCCAAGCUGAGGCUGCUCGACGGUGGCUCCUUCGUCGAUCACUCAACGAGGGAGGAAGUGCGAAAUCACACGGUCAGAUGGAACGCGACUUUCAAGUUUCUCUGCAAAAUGAGUGCCAAUGCGUCGACGGGCGUACUAGAUCCCUGUACAUUAAGAAUAUCCGUUAGAAAGGAAUCGAAGGGAGGCAGGUCCUUCCAGAAGCUCGGCUUCAGCGACCUGAAUCUUGCCGAGUUCGCGGGGGCUGGCCUCUGCCGCGACAAGCGCCUGCUCGAGGGCUACGACACGAGGCACCGCCAGGACAACUCCGUGCUCAAGUUCACCAUCAAGAUGAACAUGCUGUCGGGCGACAUUCUCUUCAAAGUACCGUCGCCGUCGUUGAAGCAGACCGCCCUGAUACCGGGCGAGGACAAGGGCGGCGUCGUCUCGUCCCAGGAGAAGCUCGCCGACGCCAAUUCCGUCGCGGUGGUGGUGGCCGGCUCCGUGGUGGGCGAUCGAGCCCGCGAGGACUACGUGUCGACGGGCUCGCUCGCCGGCAGCAUAGCCAGCACCAGCAGCGGCUUCGGCAGUCUGCCCAAGAAGAGGCCCGCCCUGUUCGCCUCGGAGCUGCUCAGCGGCGUCACCGGUGGCAGUCACGAGAGCAACGACAUCGUCGCCCUGAACGAGAUCAACGUCGCGCUCACGAGUCAGCAGCAGCAGUUGGAGCUACAGCUGAUACAGCAGCAGCAGCAAAACGACGCGACCAGUCAACAGCAACAGCAGCACACGGAGUCGGGACACUCGAGGAACAGCAGCAAUACCAGUCAGCUGAGCAAGGGUUCGGGUUAUGGAUCGUUGAACUCGCACAGCCAACACAGCCGACAGAGCAGCAGCGGCGAUAGCGGCCACAUCAGAUCGCCGUCGUGGCCUGUGUGGGCGCCGCGUCUACCUACCGUCGUCCAGAACCAGCAGCAGCAGCAGCAGACUAAUGGCUCAGCCGAAGCAGCAGCAGCAGAAUCGGCUACUCAACGAACCGAGCCGAGCAUCAAUAAUAAUCCGACGAUCGCGAGCCUCAUCAACGGCAGCAAACAGUCGUCGGUGGUCAUCACGCCGCCGACGCCUAAUCGCUCGAUCGUCGAUCAUCUGGAUCGGCUGACGAUAUCGCCGCCCUCGCCGCUGAAUCUGUUGUCGCGGCGCGUCACCACGACGACGUCGACGUCGACGACGCCUCUGAGCUCUCGUUACGGCAAAAGCAACGGCACGUCGACCACGUCGACCACCGCUGCUACGGACAAUAAUAAAGAAACGACGAUAUUUCGGGUGCCGCCGAACGGCAUGAGCGUGGCCAGGUCGACGGCGACGCAGCAGCGCCGUUGGCGCGCCGCGGUCAACGUGUCCAAGACCUGCGACUGCAUCGAGGGCUUCCUGAAGCCGACGAGAAAGAGCAGCAACUCGCCGCCGCUGCUGGCGCCGAGGCAGCUCGCCGAGCAGGCCCGAGCCGUGUCGUCGCCGGUGCCGCUCCCGGCCGCCGAGCAGUUUAAUCGAAGCUUGCCGAUCUCGAUGAUGAUGACGGGCGCCGCCAAGACGAUCGUUGCUGGUGGUGGUGGUGUAGCCACGAGUAGCAGCAGGAACAUCGUCUGCUCGGGUCAUCGUGGAAACAAGCUCCUUAUCAGCGAAUGUGGUGGUGGUGGCGGUGGCGGUGGCGGCUCGAAGCUGUCCGCCCUGCUGACGACGACCAACAGCAGCAGCAGCCCGGACUCGUCGGACGAUGCCUCGAUCAUCGUCCAAGAGCUCCUCGGCGCACACAUACCCGCCUUGGCCCAGCAGCAACAGCAGCUGCACGUUAACAAUAAUCAGCAGCAGCAGCAGCAGCAGCAACAGCGCAACAGUAUUACUCCGCCCAGAAACGCGUCCGGCGGCUCGGGCUUGAGCGAGACGGGCUCGCUCGACCGGGCAAAGGCCGCGCUGGAGCGCCGCAAGAAGGCCGAGGACGGAUCGGGCAACACGGCGACCAUCUGCCGGGUCGAGGUGACGAGGCCGAAUCCGGACUCGCUCAUCGACGAGAUCAUCAAGGCGACCAAUCUCGAGGGUUCCGUGCUCGAGUCAUCCGAGACCACGGGUCUGCAACUGUUCAUAGCCAAGGACGGCACGACGGCGCUGGGCUCGCACGAGGUCAAGGCCCAGAUGCCGGCCGGAGUCUUCAAGCAGGUGGUGAUGGAGGAGAACAGCAGCAGAUAACAGGAGGCCAUGACGGGAGCUGCCGCUGCCGUCGUCGUCGCUGCCGCCGCCGCCACCCCCGCCUCCUCCGCUGCUGCUUCUUCUUCCACGAACGUUAACAAUGCCGCCACUACGGCCGGUACCAUCAUCAUCACCUGCACCAGUGCCGUCGCUUCCAACGCCGCCACGGCCAGCAAUAUCAACAACAACAACAGCUCCAUGACGAGGUCCCAGCAGCAGCAGCACGAGAGACUCGCCCUCGUGCCGGAACUGCUCACCGAUCAGGAGCUGCAGAUCAUCGGCACCGUCAAGACCGCGUCCGCGUCGCAUCAUCAUCAUCAUCAUCAUCAUUUCAAUAACGGCGUUGUCGGUGGUGGCGCGCGUUCGCUCACCAGAUUGUGAUUCGAGCACGCCACCAGCAGCAGCUCCCUGCCGAUGACGUAGUUUCGCUCUUUAUUGGUGUUAAUUAGAUAGGCAAAGAAAUAAUAAUAAUAAUAAUAACGACAAAGAAAAAAAAAACGACAAAAAAAUAACGAUUAUAAAUAAAGAUAAAUUAACGAACAAAUUAUCGGGAGGUCCGAGCGUCGUAGCGCAGGACUCGAGAGACCUGCCUGUGUGUGUACUCGCUCUGUGUACGAUGUACAUUUUUCUUCCGUUACGCGCGAGAGGACAAGCACAAGAUUUUGACUCGUCGACAAAUUUUUAGUAUUAUGGAUAAAAAAAAAUCGUCGUGGUGCAUCGAUGAGUAAAUAAGUCAAUAUAAAUAUUAUAAAUAUAUCCGAGUCCUAGGACUAAUCUCUGCGCCAGAGCGGAAAAAAAACCUUUGUUUUGUAAAUAAUAGGUGUAUGUAUAUUUAUUAUAUGAAGAAAAAAAAAUUUAAUAAUUACUAGAUGAUAAAGAAAUAAAAGUUGACUGGAGCUCGCGCGUGGUUGAAAAUAAAAAAAUAGCGAAGAGAAAAUGAUAAUCUUUGCGAGAGUCGCGUCCGAGAGCGCAUUAGGAAUAAUAAGUGACUUUUUCUUUUUUGUACUUCGGAAAGUCAAUGGCCGAUAUUCUUCCUUAUUACUUUGGUACGCGAGGGGUUGAUUUGCGUUUUGAUGCGUCGAGCGCGACGUCGAUAUUACCGAUGACCCAUCAAUUAUAUUUAUCAUUCCUUAGAACUUUAUUUUUUACAAGAAAAAUUUUUUUCCGUUCAAUUUCUGAGGUGCUCUGAACGAUGACAAAUUCAUUAGAUUUUGUUCGGAAAGACUGUUGCCGAGUCUUCUUUGUACAUUUCCUAGGUAUGAGUUUUUUUUAUAUCGAAGCUUUUUUUCCAGAGAAAAAAAUUUUUUAAUCAAAAUAUGUGUCUAUGGAUGUUUGAAUCUUAAUGAGACAAUUCAAAUCGUCCGUCAACUAGUUGCCAAACAUUCAGUCACUUCUUCCGUGAUUUUGAUCGAUGCGAUAAUAUUUUACUUACAUUAUGGAGUGAAAAUUCCUGUUAUUGACAAUGUAUAUAUUUUACUGCUUCGAUUGGACUCUUUCUUUUUUAUACAGUUCGUAAUAAUCAGGUCACUGUAAUCCGCAAUUAAAGUAGCAAUUUGUAAAUAUAGUUUUAUAAUUGUUACGUAGAUGGCUGGUUAUUAUACAUUUUUUGAUUAAAAAUAGUACGUACGUUGUGUAGUAGGAAUCAUGUGCAUUUUAAAAAUGAAAAAAAAUAUCGAAUAUAGUAUUUCAUGGCGAAACGAAUAACAAGUUUGUAAAUAAGGACAAAAAAUUAUGGACGCUAUUCAAGUGUACAGGUCGAGAAUUUAUUUUUAAAGCUCAAUCGUAUAAAUUCAAACACGAUGUCAAAGACAAAAGUAUAUAUCUGACAAAAAAUGAUCGAUUUGAAAUUCAAUAUUGCUGUACGAAAAUACAUCGACGAUAACCUUAUUCAAUGAGUGUGAUACGAUUUGAAAAUAAUCAAAUACAUUAGUGAAAUCCUGAAAAAAAAAUGUUACUAAAAAUUAAGUUGAUAACAAAGUAAAUUUUAAUCUUGUAGGUAAUAACAAAUAAAACAACAUAAGAAAGUAAUAACGAUCAUUUGAAAAGUGCUAAGUAAUGUAAAUUAAGAACAAUUUUUUUUGCUCAAUCUGGAUUCAGAUAAAACGUCAUCAAAUUGCCGCUGUACUGCCAACCGACUGAUGCGGUGGUACUCUUAUAAUAUGUUUGCUUUGUACAGUGUUUUGCAUAAAUACUUUUCUAUUAUAUGCUUGAUACAUUACAAGAACGUAAAAAAAGAUUAAUUUAGCAUUGGUUGAAUUUGAUACAUAAAUCAAUACUUUGCAAUUCCAAGAUGGCAAAGUUGAUAUUAUAUUACCAAAACUUGUAACAUGCUCAACAUAAAAUCUCGUCUCUGAACUAGACAUCUUAAUUACGAAAAAGCACUGUCUUCUAUACUUGUUUUGGCGUCGGUAUUAUUUGUAUGUAUCGCGUUUAAAUUUAAUUUUAAAGCUACGCAGAAAUAAUUAUCGUAAGCGCUGCAUCAAAUAAGUGUCAAAAAUAAGUUUUAGUCAUUAACGACUGAAAAGAAAAGCAAAAACGACCACGUGUACAGAUAAUUGAUAAAUAAGUACUUUUGUGUUGGAAGUUUGUGCGAAAAAAGCUCAUAAUUCUUUAUGAAAAUUUAGCGUUUAAAGGAUUCUGCCUGAGAUUAUGAUUUUUAUUCACGCAUAUACAAUUAUACUCAAAAAAUGUAUUUUAUGUAUUUAAGCCGUUCUGUCCUUCCUGUUUUAAAAAACAAUUAUAAAUUGAUUCAGAAUGUUAGCUUAUCUUGCGUAUCAAUUUUGUAUAAACGUAACUACUUGUUUCCAAAUUUACCAAAUUCUUUGUAAAAAGUCUGAUAUGAAAUCUUUCAAACGAGCAAGCAUGCAAACAAAUCAUUUUCAUGUAUUUCUCUAAAUUUGAUGCUCAUCGCUGUCUCUUAUUAGCCUGUAAAUACUGAAUGGUAUAUUAAACUUGCGUUAUAACAAAA